AUGAAAGGUUUGAUAAAGUGCUGCUGGAUUAGUGCCUGGCUGGUCGUUCUGAUUAGUAUUGAUUUUGUGUGGGCUGAAUCGCCGGCCUUGCCAGAUAAGCAAGAGUUAGACCCACGCAUUCGCUGCUUGGAUGCCAGACCUGAGUGUUUCGACCCCGUUAGUAUUGAGAAGCACAGACUAUACCUAGAGAAGCCUGUGCCGAAGAUUGUCCAUCUGAUCUGGUUUGGCAAGCGAGACCGACUGGACCGGCUGGGAACUUUGCCUAGAUGGCUGGAGUACUGUCAAAAGUUCAAAUGGAAGUACAUGUUUUGGUCUGAGAGCAGCGAAGAGGCCUACAAACGGUUUGCCAAGCCGCGCAAUGUUGCCCUAAUUCGCCAUCUUUUGAACCGGAGAAUCUUCUGUGCAGCCUCUGAUGUUUUGCGAUACGAGAUUCUCAAGGAGUAUGGUGGGCUUUAUGUGGAUUGUGAUAUGCAGCCACCUACUUACUGUGGCGAGCUGGUUUCCCUCUUUGAAUGCUUCCCCGAUACAGGUCUUUCGGUCGUCACCGAGAAUACUAUGCGCAAUACUGGAACAAUAGGCCUCUUUGUCGCUAAUCCGUUUAUUUUCACGCCUAAACAAGACCCCCGCAUCAAAGCGGCGGUUAACCAAAUCUACCAAAACUAUAUGUCCUUUACUGCCGCCACACAUACCAACAAUCCUUCAUACAUCACCGGGCCAUUCUUCUUUAACAGUGUCUUGUUUGGGCCGUUUAACACCUUUUCCGCUCGUUAUUGCCACUACUGGAAUAUUUGGGCCCGAAUCCCUCAGCCGUUGAAACAAACAGCUAACCCGGCCACUAAAUCAGCUAGUGCACUGCUAUUAGCCCAGAUCUGCACUGAUUAG